AUGGCUUCAAGAUUGAAGAUCUGGGGUGCAUGCAGGACUUUGGCGGUCCGGCCGCAGUCCACUCGCCUUGCAGCCCAGCCAUUCCGAGCCCAGAUUUCGUCGACUCGAUUCUAUGCCGACGAUGCGACCAGCAAGCCCUCCAAUCCUCCCAGCGGUGCGAAAAAGGAGGCUUCCGGAUCGACUUCCAAAUCAGAACCAAGAAGCUCCAAGGCCACUGAGAGCUCCUCAGGCAAAUUGGCCCAAAAAGCCUCGGAAGAGGCGUCACCUAUUGAAGCGCUAGACGAUGCGACGUUGGAACAGAUUCUAUAUGGCGGUCGACCCGUAACAAGUCAGCGGGAGGGUGGUUUGACAGAAGCGCAGGAGGAGGCUCUGUAUCGCGAGGGUGUCAUUCCUCCGCCAGAGCAGGCGGAAGCUGUUGUUGCUGCGGGGUCGCAAUCAAUAGUCCCCGUUGGUACAGAGGUACAAAACGCCGGGCACAAGUUUGGUCUUCCUCAGAAGCCCUAUCCGGAUGGGUUCCAUGUCAAGAAGCGAUACCACCCCGUUCUGGAGCAAAUCACCAGGCUCUUGAUGCGCCAUGGAGAGCUCAGUGUUGCGCAAAGAAACAUGGCCGCAGUCAUGAACUUUCUACGAACAGCGCCCGCCCCCAUCUACAGCCCGAAAUUCCCCCUAUUACCAGGGACUCCUCCCGCCGCCCACCUUCCCCUUAACCCCGUCCUCUACAUCACAAUCGCCAUCGACUCGGUUGCGCCGCUCCUCAAAGUAAGGAACAUUGCCGGUGCCGGUGGAGGUGGUCGUGCCCUCGAACUUCCAGUCCCCCUCGCGGUGAGACAACGCCGAAGGAUGGCGUUCCAAUGGAUCCUGGACGUCAUCAACAAGAAGCCGUCGAAAGGCAGUGGUCGGAACCAGUUCGCUCAUCGGAUAGCCGAGGAGAUUAUCGCCGUGGUGGAGGGCAGAUCAAGCGUCUGGGAGAAGAGGAAGUUAGUACACAAGCUUGGCACUGCGGCUAGAGCCAACGUGGGGUCCAACAAGCUCAAGACCAAGAAGAAGAAAUAA